CAGUAAUCGAACUGUUGUGCAUCGCUAUUGAGCUCCAAGAUAUUCCAAAUAAAAGCAAAAGGCAAUCCGCUGCCAAAUUUAGCAACUGCAGCACAUUUCACACGGCUGCAUCAAAGUGAAAAAUGAACGUGCUUCCGGUGCUUUUGCUCCUGCUAAUGCAGCAGCUAACAGCCGUACCGCUGGCCCAAGCGGAUCAAAUAGCAAUUGGAACUCCAGCUAUUUCCAAUGCAACCAAACUAUCCAUGGUUGGGCCAAACAACAGCACCAGUAAUGCAACAACUUUGAACGAAGCUAAAAGUGCUAACGCAUCAUCAUCAGAUAUAGCCCAUCCAUUGCCAGUGAACAAACCGGUCAAGGUCAACGCCACGGCGGAUCAAUCUCCGGUGCUAGCGCGUGGCGUUACCUAUACGGACAGCGCUACUGUGGUGAAGCUACCAGCGUCCACACCAGAGCCGCAAUUAYCUAAAGCAUCGAAUACGACAACAACAACAAUAACGCCGAUAACAAAACAAUCCAAAUCAACGACCAAGACGGACAAAAUAGUGGCCGAUGGCGUAUCGCUGAGUGACAUCAAGAACAACAACGGCAACGGCAACGUCAAUGGCAAUGGCAAUGACAGCAAGAACAAUAGUAAUAAUAAUAAUAAUAGCAGCAGCAGCAGCAGCAGCGGCACCACCGUAACUAUCAAUACAACAACAGCAGCUGUUAUCAAUGGCACAGCCACAAAUAGUAGCAGCAGCAGCAGCAACAGCAGCAGCAUCGCCGCUACGCCAACAUCAACAACUUCUACUUCAUCAACAACUACUACUACAACCACAACAACAACCACAUCCACGACAACGACCACAACUACUCCAAGUACCACAACCACAACCACAACCACAGCUCGUCCCAAAAAGCCAACCGUCACCAGCAGCAUGGCGAAACAAAUUGAGGGUGAGAAAUUGGAUAUGAGUGCUCUCAACGGUGGCAGCGUUGCACCGCAUGUCUUGCCCGUGCAGCAGAUGAGCAGCAGCCUGGUGAAUCGUGGCGAGAACGAAUACAUCGUGCCCAUCGUAACCGUCAUGCUGGCUGUGCCGCUGGCCAUAGCCGUAUUCAUUGUGGGCUACAGGCGCUUCCGUGAUCUAUGGACAACGCGUCACUACAGACGCAUGGACUUCCUGGUCGAUGGCAUGUACAACGAUUGACGAAGGCGCCAUCAGCAGCAUCAGCAUCAGCAGCAGGAGCUGGCUGCAAGUGACGGCGGUGGAGGUGCUGGAGGUGCCACGCGGCUGCCGUAGCGCAAACGAAUUUGAUAAAGCACAGCAAAUAAUUGGAAAGAUUAUUAAUUGUUAAGAUAUUAUUAUUAUUAUUAUCAUUAUUAUUCUUAUUAUUUGAUUUCUGCAUGGAAUGCAAAAACAGAAGCAAUGAGCGAGAGCCACACUGUGGGCGAGAGUGAGAGAGGGAGCGAUUGAUACGCGGCGCAUGUCAUAACGGGGCAGCGGCACAGACUAAAUAUACACACAUACACACACACACACACCCACACACAUUGCUCAGUCAAUUAAAACAUUGAGAAUAUUUGUAUAGCUGUUGUUUGUGCGUGUAUGCGUGUGUGUGUGUGUGCAAGAGUAAUUUCCAAGAAUAUAUAUACACAUAUAUAGUAUAUACCCAGCGGCCAAAUCGAAUAUGUUGAUAAGAUUCAAGCGUAGCGCAAAGCAAAACAAAAAUUAAAACGUUAAAAA